CGGGGCCACCGCUUGACCCGGAAGCAGAGCGGCGGCGGCGGGCUGGCAGCGGGCGGCGAGGCGCGCCGCGCUCCCCGCCUGGCCCCCACCGAGCGACCCCGCGCCCCUCCCCGCCUCCCGACAUGUCGCGGCGGCGGCACAGCGACGACAGCGAUGGGCAGCCCCACAAGAGGCGGAGGACGUCGGAGCCGUCGGAGAUCGAGGAGAGGCUCGAGUCGCUCAUCUGCAGGGUGGGAGAGAAGAGUAACUCAUCCUUGGAGAGCAACUUGGAGGGCCUAGCAGGUGUUUUGGAAGCUGAUCUGCCAAAUUACAAAAGCAAGAUACUAAGAAUACUAUGUACUGUUGCACGUCUGCUACCAGAAAAGCUUACUGUUUACACGACACUGGUCGGGUUAUUGAAUGCCAGGAACUACAAUUUUGGUGGGGAAUUUGUGGAAGCCAUGAUUCGUCAGCUUAAAGAAUGUCUGAAAGUCAAUAUGUAUAAUGAAGCUGUGCAUUUAGUUCGUUUUCUGUCUGACCUUGUGAAUUGUCAUGUAAUAGCUGCACCGUCAAUGGUAGCUAUGUUUGAGAACUUUGUGAGUGUGACACAGGAGGAAGACGUACCUCAAGUUCGUUGUGACUGGUAUAUGUUUGCAUUUCUGUCGUCUUUGCCUUGGGUUGGAAAGGAGUUGUAUGAGAAGAAGGAUGCUGAAAUAGAUCGUCUUUUGUCUCAGACAGAAAGCUAUUUGAAACGCCGCCAGAAAAUUCAUGUACCUAUGCUGCAAGUUUGGACAGCUGAUAAACCACAUCCGCAAGAAGAGUAUUUAGACUGCCUUUGGUCUCAGAUUCAGAAGUUGAAAAAAGACCGCUGGCAAGAACGACACAUUCUGAGGCCCUACUUAGCUUUUGACAGCAUUCUUUGUGAAGCACUGCAACACAAUCUGCCUCCGUUCACUCCACCACCUCACACCGAAGAUUCAGUGUACCCGAUGCCAAGGGUUAUUUUUAGGAUGUUUGACUACACAGAUGACCCUGAGGGCCCUGUCAUGCCUGGCAGCCACUCUGUUGAACGAUUUGUAAUAGAAGAGAACCUUCACUGCAUCAUCAAAUCCCACUGGAAAGAGAGAAAGACUUGUGCUGCACAGCUGUUGAGCUAUCCAGGAAAUAACAAGAUCCCCUUGAACUACCACAUAGUAGAGGUAAUUUUUGCAGAAUUGUUCCAGCUUCCAUCUCCACCACACAUUGAAGUCAUGUACACAACGCUCCUGAUUGAACUGUGCAAACUUCAGCCUGGCUCCUUACCACAAGUUCUUGCACAAGCCACAGAAAUGCUCUACAUGCGUUUGGAUACAAUGAAUACAACCUGCGUGGACAGAUUUAUUAACUGGUUUUCUCACCACUUGAGCAACUUCCAGUUCCGUUGGAGCUGGGAAGAUUGGUCAGAUUGUCUUACUCAAGACCUUGAAAAGCCCAAACCCAAAUUUGUGAGAGAGGUUUUGGAAAAAUGCAUGCGACUUUCCUACCAUCAGCGAAUAAUAGACAUUGUUCCUGCAAGUUUUUCUGUCCUCAGUCCUGCUAAUCCACUGUGCAUUUACAAAUAUGGAGAUGAAAGUAAUAGGUCUCUUCCUGGAUAUACUGUGGCGCUCUGUUUAACAAUCGCAAUUAAAAAUAAGGCCAGUAAUGAUGAAAUCUUCAGCAUUUUAAAAGAUGUGCCUAAUCCAAACCAGGAUGAUGAUGAUGAUGAAGGAUUUACCUUCAACCCUCUGAAAAUAGAAGUCUUUGUUCAGACUCUGCUUCAUCUAGCUGCAAAGUCUUUCAGCCACUCCUUCAGUGCCCUGGCAAAGUUUCAUGAAGUCUUUAAAACGCUUGCUGAAAGUGAUGAGGGGAAACUCCAUGUUCUGAGGGUUGUGUAUGAGGUUUGGAAGAAUCAUCCACAGAUGAUUGCUGUGCUUGUGGACAAGAUGAUUCGGACACAAAUUGUUGACUGUGCUGCAGUAGCAAACUGGAUCUUCUCUUCAGAGCUUGCACAUGAUUUUACUAGGUUUUAUAUCUGGGAGAUAUUACAUUCCACAAUUCGUAAGAUGAAUAAGCAUGUUCUGAAGAUUCAGAAAGAACUGGAGGAAACUAAGGCAAGAUUGGCCAGGCAGCACAAAAGACGAGACAGUGAUGAUGAUGAUGAUGAUGACGACCGAAGCAGUGAUCGGGAAGAUGGACCACUAGAAGAGCAGAUAGAGCGCUUGCAGGAAAAAGUAGAGUCAGCCCAGAGUGAGCAAAAGAAUCUCUUCCUUGUUAUAUUCCAGCGUUUCAUUAUGUUGUUAACUGAGCACUUAGUGCGCUGUGAGACUGGUGGAAUUGAUGUAUUUACACCUUGGUACAAGAGCUGUAUAGAGAGGUUGCAGCAGAUCUUCCUGCAGCAUCACCAGAUAAUCCAGCAGUACAUGGUGACCCUAGAGAACCUCCUGUUUACAGCUGAACUGGACCACCACAUACUGGCUGUGUUUCAGCAGUUCUGUGCUCUGCAGGCCUGAGGAUUAUUCAUGGGCAGAGUCUUGUCUGGAGGACUUAAAUGAAUUUAAAUGUUUGUGGGUUUUUUAGUGGGAAAACUUAACAUGGGGAUGGAAAUUUUUGACUAAAACUGGCUUUCAUUGCUUCUAUAUGAAUUAGUACAGUACUCUAACCAACAGCAAACUGUGUAAGCAUCAUAAGCCUUACAAGAUAUGACUGAAAGGGGAUAGAUUUGGAGUAAUGUAUUAAUUAUUCUUGUUGUCUUUUAAUUUGGUUUACUUUUGACUUUGUUAUAGUAUUUUUGUUUCUCCCCUCUUGUUUAUACAAAGAUAAAAAUUACCACGCACACUGCGCCCCCAAAAAUCAAAACAAAAAACCACAAAAAAAAGCACCAAAAAAAAAGCAACCAACCAACCAAAAAAAAAUACCAACCCUCCCCCCCCCCCCCCCCCCCCCAAAAAAAUAAAAAACACCCUACCCCAAAAUCGUUCAUAGUGUUUUGUGAGUAUGAAAGGGAAUGCACCUUCUCAGCAGUGUGGUGAAGUUCUCUAGUGUGGCAUAGUGAAAGUAUCUUAACUUUGGGCAUGUGAAAUGCUCGAGUUAAGCUUUCAUAGUAUAGAGCAUAUGAAUUUGUUUAUUACCAAGCCAGUUAGAUAUUCAGAGUUUGAAAGAACAUGGUUGUACUACAGCUUUAGAUGUAUUGUCUAGUGUCUUAUUACAGUAGCUAUAAACAAUCAGUAGAGGAACUUCAUGGACAGCUGAAAAAUGCAAUCCCUUUUGCAGUAUGGUUGGGGAAUCAUGAGCUGCUCCUGGCAGCAGCCUUCACUGCUAAAUAGAGCCAGUGAGCAAGGGUUGGAGCGGAAUAAACUUUUGACUUCUGUAUUGCAAGCCUUACCGGGUGUUGGGAACUCCCGCCUCAGAUGCCAGGGGAGAGGGCAGGGCAGUGUUCAGCUUGUUCCUUUAUUUCAGCCCGUAACUAGCUGGGUCGCCAGGCUUGUGCUGGGCUGGACCUGCAGGCCUGCAGUGGUGCCAGAAAUCUUCCUGGUGGUGACGGCUGAUGAACCAAGUGCCCUGCGUAGUAACAACUGCUUUGUGGUGGCUGCGGCUGCUGCCCUUCCCUUGCUUUAAAAUGUGACAACAGCAUGUGGCUCCCAUGUCUUCAGGAAGCAUUUUUAUGCUAAAUUGAUAUCUCAUGGGAAACUUCGGCUAGGAAAACACAACUUGAAGAUAGAGUAGCCUUAGUUUUCAGUUAUGCAAAUAACGUUACGUACAUAAACGCCAAACCAGAGUGGUCUGUAUUACAGUAAGCAGUGAUGAAUAGCAAAGACACUGCAUUAGGUGCUCAGGUCUGUCAGUGUGCAGUGUAUUUCCAAGCCAUUUAUGGACUCUUCAUUUUGCAGGUGAAUUUUUAAAGAAUUUCUUACCCAGUGCUAUUCAAUUUAAGCUUAGAAAGUUACGAGCUUUGAGUUAUUUUGUUCCUGUUACAAAUCAUUUUUUCACUUAUACCUAGUAAUGCAUUUCACCUGUACCAUGACCAAUUGACCUCCUGAGCAAACAAGGAGGGUAAGAAAUGGAACUUUCUACUUUGACCCAAGUUUGCGUGUGUGGCCUGUAGCAAUCAGAUGUAUACUCAUAGACUUAGAUCUCUUACUUCUGCUUUCUCUGCUUAACCUUUCAGAUUUGACAGAUUCCUCCAUUCUUUCAGGGUAUACUGUUACUUGUAAAUUUGCUUUAUGUAAGGGUUUUCUCAGUCAUGCAGACUUCUGAUUCAAAUCUUUUUCUGCUCAUGCUCUUGAGUAAUCAAAUAGUUGGUGGGCUUUUUUUUUUUUAAGAAAUGUUUAAUACUGUAGAGGUUUUAAUUGGGGUUUAAUAGUGUUUCCACUGGCUCAGAUCAGUAUCAGAGUUCUGAUAUUAGCCAAGGGUAAGGGUCUGACUAUAAAUGUGACUUCUGUAAAACCAAUAAUGCAGUUAAAACUUGCAGACGUGUAACUUCCUCUGAGCCUUGACAAACAGGGGUGCUGGGGAUCCAGUUGCAAAUGCCUGAGUGUAAUCAUAUGACUUAAAACCAAGUAACAAUGUCUUUCAAAAUUGAUUUGACUUCUUCCAUGGUGAGUGUGGGCUCUGAUUACAUUUCUUGAGGCUGCUGGACACCUCCCCCUCUUUGUAAGUCCACAAGUCCAGUGGCAUACAUGUGACUUGACUGGAUCUGCAGGAAGGAGAAUGAGAUGCUUGCAUAGUGAUACCAGCAGCUAAUUGGAGUAACUUUGAACCACUGAAGCACGAGGUGGGGGAUAGUCUAAAGAUGCUGUAGAAAUGUGGUGUGGUUGGAAAAAAAUGCACAAGUGAAAAUAAAUGAAGGUGAAGCAGA